AUGGGGGGCAAAUCUGCGAACAAGGCCGGCUACUUCGACAAGCUCAAGGGCUUGCUCGAGGAGUACAAGUCCAUCUUCAUCGUCACCGUCGACAAUGUCAGCUCUCAGCAGAUGCACGAGAUCAGACAGUCCCUCCGUGGACAGGGUGUCGUCUUGAUGGGAAAGAACACCAUGGUUCGCCGUGCCCUCAAGACCUUCAUCCCCGACUCCCCCGAGUACGAGCGUCUCCUGCCCUUCGUUAAGGGCAACGUUGGUUUCGUCUUCACCAACGCCGACCUGAAGGACAUCCGUGACAAGAUCCUCGCCAACAAGGUCGCCGCCCCCGCCCGUGCUGGCGCCGUCGCUCCCUCUGAUGUCUGGAUUCCCGCUGGCAACACCGGCAUGGAGCCCGGCAAGACUUCUUUCUUCCAGGCCCUCGGUGUCCCCACCAAGAUUGCCCGUGGUACCAUUGAAAUCGUGUCGGACCUGAAGCUCGUUGAGGCCAACAACAAGGUCGGCCCCUCCGAGGCCACCCUCCUCAACAUGCUUAACAUCUCUCCCUUCACCUACGGCAUGGGUAUCGCCCAGGUUUACGACCAGGGCAACGCUUUCCCCGCCGAUGUCCUCGACAUCGGUGAGGAGCAGCUCCUCAAGGCCUUCAGCGGUGCUGUCACCACCAUCGCCGCCCUCUCUCUGGCCAUUAACUUCCCUACUCUGCCCUCCGUUAUCCACUCCUUCUUCAACGGCUACAAGAACGUUCUCGCUAUCGCCAUCGAGACCGAGAUCUCGUGGCCCGAAAUUGAGGCUCUCAAGGACCGCAUCGCCAACCCCGAUGCCUACGCCGCUGCCGCUCCCGUUGCCGCUGCUGGUGGUGCCGCCGAGACCAAGGAGGAGGAGAAGGAGGCCGAGAAGUCCGACGAGGAGUCUGAUGAGGAUGGCGGCUUUGGUGGUCUUUUCGACUAA